AUGAGCGAAACAUCGGAAGACGAAUCUCCAUUAGCCGCCGUCUACCCUCCGGUAGAUAUCUGCCCCCACUACCAGCUGUGCGAGCAAGAGGUCGUAUACUCGGAGGGUCGUGUAUCUAGUCGCUACCUCAUUGACACCGAGUACAAGGAGGAGAAGAUAUCUGUCUCUUUUGGCGACUUAAGGCCAUGGAUUGAGGUCAUCGCAAAGUUACUCCUGGAUUCGCAGAUACAGAGGCGUCUAAUCAGUGCCAUCAUGGAGACCUAUGUUCCCCGCAAAUACCAUGGCACCGCUGAGCUUGAGGACCUGUCACUACGAAUUCGCGGCGAAGUUGAACAAGAGGACAGUUUCCACCGUUUCAUGGAGCUCCCUGCCGAACUCAGGAUGAAAGUCUGGGAAUUUGCAGCCACAGAACCUGCACAUAUCAUCUAUUGGAUGGAGGAACCGUCUUGUCUACCAAUCAAUGGAGCAAGGCACAUGCCGCGCAUCGCGCAGACCUGUCGCGAAGCAUGGAAGAUAGUUCGUGGGCAAGGCCGCUAUUGCCAACCAUCCUGCGGCGAGGGCCUAGAUAUCAAGUACUGGGCGUCUUCACAGGAUAUUGUCUUCAUCAAAGGGGUCGACGUCUACAAGAAGCACCCCAGCGAUUGGGAUGUGGAGUUUUUGCUCUCACGGGAGACCAUUGCGGUUGAGUACGAGCAUUGGAUCCAGCACGCUGCCACAGCUGAGCAGUACAUGUGGCUGCGCAAUUCCAGCGCGCUCAGGACCCUGAUUUUGGUCAUGAACAUGCCCGUGGUGAGGAUUACAAAGGACUUACACAGCUCCGAUCUCCACUGCUGCGGCCCUGUUUUUGAUGAGGUUUGGGAUGACUACGGUCGCCCACCAAAGGGCCUAUGGAAAUUGGUGAGGUAUGAAGAAGCAGAUCAGCUGCGACAGCUCGACAACCUGUGGAAGAAAAUCGAGCCAAAUUCCACGUGGAUUUGGAAAGACAUAAACACAGCAACGCUGAAGGGGGCGUCCAUUUAUGGUCGUCAUUACAUAUCCCGCUGUGUGGACUGUGAGUUACAGCAGUUCCAGGACGAACGUAUCGAAGAGGCUCGGAUUGUCUGGCGGGAACUCGUUACAAGCAAAAGCCGGCAACAAGCAGGUGAUAAUUCUUCUGUUCCACCUUUGCUUGGAAAACAGAGCCCACGGGCCGAUGAUUCGAUUCGACAAGCCCCCUCCUUUGAAGCGUCCAUUAUUCUAGAAGUUCUCAGUACCUGA